AUGGUUGGCUGGAUCAUAGUCUCUGAUCUGGUCAGGGAACGUGAGACUAGGGAUAAAGUGCCAAUGUCUCGUUGCUUCCCAUUUCCACCACCAGGAUAUGAGAAGAAGAAGAUUAGUACCGAGGAAGCAGACUCUUUAAUAAAGGAAAAGCAGAAGAGGGAAAAGAAGCACAAAAAGGAGAAGAAGGAUAAAGAAACAAGCAAAGAUAAAUAUAAGGAAGGGAAGCAGAGAAAAGAUAAACAUAGAGAUAGCAAAGAAAAGAGCAGAACUUCUCAGGACAAAAAAGCUGUUGGUGUUCUGCCCAACACCGUGCAGAAUAAUGGUAAUGAGGAGUCUAAGUUUGUACAGGAUCUGGCAAGAAGGAUCAGCAAUGAAGAAGAAGCUAGAGAGAGUCAAAGUGUGAGGAAGUGUAGUUUUCCCUGUGGAGUUAGGGAAAAAAAGUCUGAAAAUGCGGUUCAUCCAGUAUCCUCUUGCAGAGAUCAGAAAGGAACUGAGAUUAAAGAACAUGCAAAGAAGGCUGAACUACAAGAGAAGAAUCACCGUACGACGAAAGGUUAUAAGUCAUUGGAUAACAAAGAGAUAAAGAAAAGUGAACCAAAGUACACAACACAUAGAACUAGUCAAGAUACCAAAGAAGAGGCGAUCAACAAAAGUAAACCAAAGAAUGUAGAAGGAGGUUCUAUCUUAAAAGAAAGAGAUGUAGAUACUAGGAAUUUUGGCAAAAGGAAGAAUCAUGAGACUAAUGGAUUCAUUUAUGAGAAUGGAUCUAAGCUAAACAAGAUACAUAAACCAGUUGCUUCACCAGUGUCAUCCGUAGAGAACGGAAGUAAGUUUGGAGCAUGUCAAACUCCUCCCAAACCUGUUACUGAGUUGCUAGGAACAGUGUGUAACCCAGAGCAUAGAAUAAACGGUAUCAUUGAUCCUCAAGAAUCCAAAAGCCGUCCAGAGAUUUCUUCUGUGAAGUUGAAAGAAAACGGUGAAGGUUCAGUAAAGAAGCGGCCUCAUUCGGACUUGAAGUAUUUGGAUCAGAUACUGAAUGUACCCAAAAGGGAGGAGUUGCAUGAGGUUGAUGAAAGUGAAGAACAAGAGUGGCUAUUUGGUAAGUCUGGUGUGAAAUUAUCAAAGAAGCCAAAAACUGAUUCUACUACUUCAUUGGAUGAGACUCUGCAAGUUUGGAAUCAGGCUUUUAGAAUAGAAUCUGCUGAUACUGUAGCUCUUCCAUAUGUUGUUCCAUUCUAG